UUAUUAUUCUUGUCUUUUACUCUUUAACUGCGUCUUUUUUUAGAUGUUUUAAUCGACGAUCUCUAAUUGUUUUGAGUAUUUUCUUUUCUUUUAAUUGGUCAAUUUCAUCUACUUCAUCUUCGUAAUCAGUUAAUUCUUUUUGAAGAAUAAGAUAUCCUUUGAGAUUAUUGUUCGUUUUUAUUUUCCCUCGCUACUCAUUGACCCAAGACAAAGACCUGUUAUUUGUGACAAGCGAUCUUCUUAAUUGUUUUAAUCUGGUUUUAUUUUAUUUUAUUUUCUACAUUGUGUUCAAUCAAUCAACAUGACGAGUGAUACGGAAACUCCCAUUGCUGAAGAGAAAAGUAAUCAAGGUAAAAAAACCAAGAAAACUAAAAAAGGAGAUGGAAAAGGUAAAGGUGGUAUAAACCAACCAUCUGGAUCAUCAACAUCAUCAGCUCAUGUUGGUGGUGGGCAUAUAAUAGAAAGUGGUGAUUUACCUGAACAAAUUGGACAAUUAAGUAUUGGAGUUGCUGCUGCCCCAGCUAUGAAAAGUGAAAGUAAAAAGCCCCCACAGGCAAAAGAAGCCAAAGCUGAGGAUUUUAUCGCCAAAACAUUUGAAUUGGAAGAGGCUGAAUUGAAGAGAAAGGUUCAAUCUCAACGUCUCAAGCACAGUGCUGAAGAUUCUUUUGCUGAAUUUGAGAAACUCACUGGUCUCAGUUUGAAGAACCCACCACCCCCUCUUUGUCUAAGGCCACAAUUUCCUAACGGAACAAAGGGUAACAAAAUAAAGCUUUACUCCAACUUCUUUAGAUUAAAAUUGGGUGGAAACCCUGUCUACCAAUAUGAUGUCGCUUUUCUAAAACCAGAUCAAACAUCCGCUGAUAAAAAAGAACAAGAGGUCGGCAGAAAAUUCAAGCGAAUCACCAAAAAGCUGAAUCAAACUCUUCUCGCACAGUUUGUUAAUACUACGGGUAAAGAGAUUUUUGUUGGAGUAACUUAUGCUUACGACAACGAUCGAAUCCUUAUAACAAGUAAACCUCUUCCUAAUGUCGCGAAAGAAGGAAGAAUCUUCACUUUCUCAAUCAACGAACCUCGUGAGAAUAAUCCGAAUUACAGCCAGAGUUACCUGAUUAGAAUUAAACCAACAGUGCGAGUUCGUUUGAGUCUCAAUGCAGAUUCUAAGGAGGCUCAGAUUACCCAUGAUCGAGCUAUUCUACAAGUGGUCGACAUUAUUUGUAAAACUUACUCUUUCCAAAAUGAUAUUAUCUAUGGCUCCAAAAUUUUCUUCUCAGCUGCAAGAAAACCGCGAAUAGAAAUGUUAGAAGGGCGAAAUGGAAGACCAACAGGAUUCGAAAUGGCCUUUGGUUAUCAUCAAUCAGCUCAACUUUGUCAAGGUGGUCCAAUGUUAAAUAUUGACCGAGCUACUGCUGUUCUUUACAAAGCAGGUCCUCUAAUAAAGUCAAUGUGUGAAAUCUUACAGGUUGGAUCUCCUAACGAAAUUAAGAUAAACGCUUAUACAAAACAUGCUCUCGAAGAGCUUACUCUCCUUCGAAUUGAAACAAAAUAUCGUGGUUACCCAUGUGUUCACACGAUCAAAUCUUUCACUGAAAAAUCAUGUUCAGAGCUUUGCUUUAAAGAUGGAAAUACAAAGGUCUAUGUGGCUGAUUAUUUCCGACAACAAUAUGCAAUCCAUCUUGAUUAUCCACAUUUACCAUGCAUUGUUUAUGGUUCAAAUAACUACAUUCCUGUUGAAUUGUGUUCCCUUUUACCCAAUCAGCGUAAUCAACGGAAACUUCGUGAUGAACUAAUCAGAAUCGUGAGUUCACACACAACCACCCAGAAACCAGCUGAUAGAAGUAUUGAAACCGGCCAAAUCGCUAAUUAUGUUUCGAAAAAAUUAAACGAUUAUGAUUUUGAUAUUCAAUUGAAUCCCGAACGAGUCACCGUCGAGAGUCGUGUCAUUCCAGCUCCAAAACUUACUUAUGCUAAUGAUCCAAACUUUGGACCUCGUCUAGGAGAUUGGAAUAUGGCAAAAGAAGAUAAGACAAUGCGAAGAUUCUUGUCAACUGUGGAAUUGAAAAGUUGGGCUCUGAUUGGAUUAGUCCGUCGGAAAAUUGAUGGUCAAGUCGCCAAUAAAUUUGCUAAACUUUUACACGAAAAAGGAACUAUGCUUGGGAUGAAAAUCCAUCCUCCAUCCAAUCCUUUUAAAGUUGUUCAAAUCAACGAACUUGAAAGUUUCUUCAAAUUUUGUAAGACUAAAAACCUCCAGUUAAUCGUGAUUAUUAUGGAAGAAAACGUUGAAUAUUAUAGUGCUGUAAAACACCUUGGUGAUCAAUGUCUCGGUGUCCCGACUCAAGUAGUUUUGGAGAAACACUACGAUCAUCGUACUAAUAUAAAUGGUAGACAUAAACUUUUUGAUACUGCUUAUCUGUGCAAUUUAUUGCUCAAAAUUAACGUUAAAAUCGGUGGAGCCAAUUUGAAGCUGAGCGAAACCACUCGAUGUUCAAUUUUGAAUGAUAAGACAAUGGUCGUCGGAAUUGAUGUCAAUCAUCCAUCUCCUGGUGAAAAUGCUCGAUCGAUCGCUGCCGUUGUAGGUUCGAUUGAUAAAGAGUUCAGUAAAUAUCGAACUGAAAUUUUCGCUAAUCAUGAAAGAGAUGAACUAGUCAAGUUCAGUAUGAUCGGACCAAUCAUCGACAAGUUCAAAGCUUCUCGUGGUUUUUACCCGGAACAUAUUAUCGUCUAUCGCGACGGUGUUUCUGAAGGACAAUUCGCCCAUGUUAUGGGAAGUGAAAUUCUUCCUCUCCACAAACGUCUUAAAGAGUAUCCCAAUCCUCCUAAAUUGACCUACAUUAUCGUUCAAAAGAGACACAACGCUCGUUUCUUCCCAGUUGAUCCAAGAGAAGGUACAAGAAAUGGAAAUAUGUUACCAGGAUCAGUUAUCGACACUAAUGUUUGUCACUUCAAAUGGUUUGACUUUUAUUUGUGUAGUCAAAAUUCAUUUCUUGGAACUGCUCGUCCAGGAAAAUACACUGUACUUUGGAAUUCAAGCUCUGCACAGGCUGAUGAUCUCCAAAUGGCCACUUAUUAUCUUUGUUACCUGUUCGCUCGAGCUACUAAGUCAAUCGCCGAUCCUGCCCCAGCUCGUUAUGCUCAUCAUGCUGCAGCUCGUGGAAAAGUUCAUUACAGAGAAAUUUGUAAACUCCGUCAAUGGACCGACGAAGAAAUGAACGCUGAGAUUAACAGAGCAAUCAACGUUAACGAAAACUUUAAAAAUAUUCUUUACUUCAUUUAAUUGUCACUUAUUAGCACUCGUUUUAUUUGGACACUUCCUUUAAAUUCAAAUUCACACGAAUUCAAUUUAUUCACGCAAUUAUUAUUUUCUCAAUUAAUUAUUAACUAUCUAAUUUUAACAUUAAUAAAAUUGUAUUCACAUUUAAUUGACAACAAAACUUAAAAGGAAAUUAUUAAAAUCAACAAUUUUUCGCAAAUUCA